ACAAGAAAUAGUCCAAUGGGGCCACCAACGGGGAUCGAUCAUAAAUCGACAGCGCAUCAAGCGAGCGCAUUACCACUGGGCUACGUCCCGCCCACUGUAAUAUAUUAAAUGCGUGCACAUUCGGAACAAGCUGUUGUAGCGCACGCCUGUCGUCCAUGGUGUGUGUGUGUGUGUGGGGGGGGGGGGGGGGGGGGAGCACCAGCAGUCCGACUAAGUCGGUAACAGGCGGAUUGGUGUGGGGGUGAUGCUAUGGAAUUUUGAAUGGAGCAGUUAAUAUGCCAAAGAGAAAGGGUGCGCAAUUUUGAUUGUAACAAAGGGGUGCUUAAUAAGGUAUGGCAGGUUCAGGAGGGCGUGCGCUUACCUACCAUUUGACUGGUACCAUUUUGUUCUAUCACAUAACAUUCAUUAAGGUUGGAUAAAAAAAAAAUAAAAAAAAAAAUAGCCUAGCGAGCGAUCGCGAGCGUUCAACCAUCUGAACAAGCUAGAAAUGUCCUUCAAAAGCGUUGAUAGCAAGAUGCCUCAUUUCAGCCUAAGAAAAAUAUAAUUACUUAAUUAAGACUUCCGGUUAAGAUGGCGGUCAGCGAGGAGGUGGUUUUGUAAAGCUCUGAUAACUUUUGUUUAUUUACUAUAAUUUAGUGCUUUCUAACCUCUAAACAUUUAUAUAUUAUCAACCCGAAGCUGUACGCAAGAUAAUUGUAAGUCUGUUGUGCGUUACAAAUUGUUUACCACGUGUAUGACCUUGGCCUUUAUUGCCAGAUAUUAGCCGAGUUAUACACGUGUUUAUAAAAUAUAAUUUUUGCUCCUGUUUCAACUAUGUCUCACAAAGCGCUAGAUAGCAUCAUGAAUGAGAUGGACAGGAGUUUAAAUACCAUAGCGGUCGAGUUGGCCACCGAAAGGGCCAACCAGUCGGUUUCGUCUUCCGAUAAUUUAGAUAUUUCAAGCCUCCCCGACGUGUCCCGCCUCGCUAGGGUAGACCGAAUGACGUGGGACCCGUUGGGGGAUACAAAGGCAGGUAAGAAGACGACACCGAUGUCGUCGACCCCGUCUAAGCGUGCCAGACGUAACACCCCACUCCCUGAUGGUGGCCUCCCCUUCUCUGUCGAAAGAUAUGUGAGGGGGGUGCCUGCCCGGGGGGAGGGGAUUUUGCAGUCGGAAGGAAACGAACUCACCCGUGAGUUGGAUUUCGACAACGAGCUGGAAGUCAGCAGAAUCACCGACCGGACAAAUGAAGAAUUUUUUGUAGCCAGUCCUGCCCGGUCGGAGGUCUGCUAUGUGUCUGACAGCUCGGGGGUCGGGGGCGAGCGACCGGACACUAGUGUUUACAAUAAAAAUAAAAAUUUAACAACUGAUUCAGUGUUUGUUGUAAACAAGGGCGAGGUAAGUGCCCCAACUUCGGACUCUCCAACUCUCUCGGCCGAGCUACCCUCCCCUAGGUCACCGACGCCACCCCCGGGACUCCAGAUGGGAGAACAGAGGAAGAGGAAGACUCCAGUAGCUCGGUCGCGACAACCAGAAACAACAAAAAAGGAAGUAAACUUCUCGUGCAUAUCCGCCGAGUUCAAGCUGACCCGCCUUUUCGGCUACUACGUGGCGCAGGUCUACGUUCCCAGCAUCCUCAUCGUGAUGCUGUCGUGGGUGUCCUUCUGGAUCGAUAUCGACGCCAUUCCCGCCCGCGUCUCGCUCGGCCUGCUCACGGUGCUCACCAUGACGACGCAUAGCACGGGAGUUCACAGCAUGCUGCCUCGCGUGUCCUACAUCAAGGCCAUCGACGUCUGGAUGGCCGCCUGCCUCAUCUUCGUGUUUGCCGCGCUUUUGGAGUUCGCCUACGUGAACGUGCAGACGAGAGUGGAGAAACGCAGACGUGAGUCGGUGAUGGACAUCAAACAGAAUAAAGACCGCGGAGUCAAAAGUAGCGACCACUACUGUCUGGGUUCUGAGGAGGUAAACUGGAACAAGGGCAGAACGUUCGUUUAUCUACGCGAUCGGAUAAAAAUGCAGAGGGCAAGAAUGUUUGACAAAAUUUCCCGAGUUGUCUUCCCAAUACUAUUUGGAAUAUUUAAUGUUGCCUACUGGUUGUUGUACAGAAUGUGAAUACACACGAACCUGUUUUAGAAAGAUA